AUGGCGGAACAACCGAAGAUUACGCUUCACUGGCUCAACGGCUCCCGAGCCAACUCUUUGCUUUGGCUCUUGGAGGAGCUUGAACUCUCUUACGAUGUCAAAGUCUACCAUAGGCAGUCCAACAUGCUGGCGCCGCCCGAGUUAGAGAAAGUGCACCCUCUUGGGAAGUCUCCCGUCAUUACUGUCGCAGUGCCCGGAUCUUCGGAACCGGUGGUUUUGGCCGAGUCUGGCUUCAUCUUCCAGUACCUGUGCGACCACUUUGCUCAGGGCAAGACGAUCGUCCCGAAGCGAUGGAAGGAAGGACAGGAGGGCAAAAUCCUCGGGGAGACAGAGGCCUGGAUGCGCUACUCGUAUCUCCUCCACUACGCAGAGGGUUCAUUCAUGCCCAACCUAGUAAUGUACUUGGUGCUCUCUGCCCUCAAGUCUAAUCAGGUGCCUUUCUUUGUCCGGCCCAUCUCCUCCGCCAUUGCGAAUCGUAUCAUCUCGAUGAUAGUAUAUCCCAACAUCAAGAAGCACCUGGCGUUCCUGGAGAAGCAGUUGGAGACUUCCGGUGGAGAUUUUCUCACAGGCCCACACCUGACAGCAGCCGAUAUCUUGAUGAGCUACCCGCUUCUCGCUGGCAAGUCGGGCUUUGAUGGAAUGGGCAAGUUUGCGAGGGGCACAGCCAAGGAGUCUUUCCCCAAGGUGCAUGAAUAUAUGGACCGACUAGAGGCUCAGGCAGGAUGGGAGAAGGCCGUCCAGAAGACCAAGGAUAUUGAUGGCGACCACGGAGUAAACACAGCGAUUGGAUCUACCAUGGCUGUGAACAUUGCUGGAGACUCACUCUUCAGGCGCGACAAUGAGGCGAAGGAGGCUCCUCUGAGGACCCCUCGCCUCGAGCCUCAGACCCUGGACGAUCAAAACCCCAGCCCGCCCGCCGACAGUUCAGAGGGAGAGGAGGAUUUGUAUGGCGAGGAUGCUGCCCAAUCUUUCAUUCAGCCGGCUUUGAGCCCGGUUGUGACCUAUCUCACGUCGCCUAAGACCCCGGCGGCUGAGAAGGCAGCUGCAAUGGAUAAGAUUAUCGACGGGUAUUUCAACGACGCCGGAGCAAGCAAGGAGCAAGAAUCCAUGGACCAGGUCAUCGCUGGGUACUUUGACGGCGCGAGUGUGAAUAGGCAGGAUUCCUCGGGCGACGACACACCAACACGAGAAGAGCCUCGGCCGCAGCGAAGCAACCAAACACAGGAGGGACCGGCUGGCGAGACCUCAUUACCGCCGACGACGACAGCAACAGCGCUGCAGCCGCGACAUUUGGAUCCUCUUCCGACGCCCUGGAAAACGGGUCCUAAGGAGAUCGUUGUGACAUCCUCAACCUCAGAGAGCCACAAACCCGCUUUGGCGAGCGUGUUUUCUCAGUCACGGCAUCGGAGAUCCUCUUCUGGUGGAGCAGAGGCUUUGAGGCGGCUGUCCAAAGCCCUCCCUUCAAUAUCUCUGCCCUCCAACUUCAUGCCAAAUCGUCUGCCCACUCCCUCCUUCUUCUCCUCGGGUUCAACAUCAUCAAGGUCAGAGUCGAAGGAUCCGACGCCGAGACACACGCCACCCUCCCAAUCUCCCCAUCUUGGGCACUCGAGCCAUGCCAGUACGUUCCCAAUGAUCAUCCUGAGAAAACCAUCGCCUCCUCAGCAGGAUGCGGAUAGAAACACAGGGAUCUCCCGCCAGCCAUCCAACGCAUCUAGGAAAUCAUUGGGUAUCAGAAGAUCGACGUCUGACGACUCCAUGCUGUACCACUCGCUAUCGCGUAUGUCUUCAUUCGGGGAUGACCAGCGAUUCACACAUGUUCGUGAGCAGGUCAAUUCGAGAUUCAAGGCAAUUGUGGAUUCUUUUGAUACGCCCUCAUUCAAGUUACCGAGCAUGCCAAGUACGUUGCUGUCUCCUCUCAAGAAGGCCGAAUUCUCGGCCUCGGAGCUCAAUUUGGACGCAAGCAAAUCAUCCUCUAUGAGAACCAUCAAAGUUCCCAGGGAUCCAUUGGACAGUGUCCUCGAGAAUCUCACUGGCGAUCUUGUCAUUAUGGGUGGAUAUAGGGGCUCGAUCCUCCGGUCUGCUGAACCGCCUCAUAGACAGCUCUGGGUGCCCAUGAAGGUUGGCUUAAAAGUGAGGAAGGUCAACCUCGAGGUGGGACUAAACCCGGAGGACGAGGAAAACAUGGAGAAGUCGAUCAUCCCGUCCGGAAUGCUAAAGAACAUUGGCCCGGUGGACAUUUCCAAGAGGCUCUUCAAACGGGUCCGUGAAAACGGCGACGCGGUGUUGCUGAACGAGAAGGUAUUGACGGCACAUGUCAAUUUCACACUUCGCACAACCUGGGUGUUCCUACCGGAGGACGGAUACUGCUUUAUCGACAAGGUCACGGACGAGGAGUACCCCGUGGAUUUCUAUGAUACGAACGAAUGGGUGAAGUAUCGUCUCUGCCCAAGUGUGAGCGACCCAGCGCUGCCGCCGUUUAUGUCAAAACGCGUCGGGUCCCUGGGCUCAUUUCUCAGUCUCUCAGAGCUGUCCAUAUCCCGGGGGCGGAGCUCUAGUGACCCUGCAGCCAAGAGACAUGGGCCAACAGCCUCUCCGCAACGCAGGUUGGUCAAAGAUCGGAGCCUUGCGCCGCAGAUGGAUGCCUCGUCUUCGUCAACAGAACAGCAGCAGGAAGAAACAUACGCAGUCUCUCCCAAGGACAAGUCCGACCGCAGCAAGAACCUCGCCUACCUCGCCCGCACCCUUGCCGAGACCAAACGCUUCCGUUCGGAACUUCAACACAGUCCGGAGCACCAGGCCGCCAAUGCCUACCCUCCCAUAGCUGUCAUCUACGGCAAGGAAAUUCCGACGGUGUUUGCGGCGCGAGUGGCAUGCCGCGAGGCAAUCCCCUGCCAGGACGCCUACGACAACCUUGCCUUCGGAUCGGGCGAUGGUGUAGUGCUGGCCAAACAGGCGAUGCCACCUCCCGGGUAUGAGAUCGCAAAAGGCGGGAGGAUUUCUACGGACAAGGGGCACAUUUCUAUACUAGGAGACCUGAGCGCCGUCGGCCAUGCUUUACAGGCUGUGAUCAGGGGACGGGCAAAGGGCAUAGGCUUAGGGGCUGAUGCCAGCAAAUGGAGUGGAAGUACUUGUUAA